AGCUUGAAAUUCUAGUAUAUCUGUACAUCUCGACAUGUCAAAACAAACAGCAAAUGAUUCGCAUAUGUAUUCAGUUACUCAGUUCACUCUAGCUUCAACUAAAUAAAUGGAUAAAUAAAUAAACUUUUACUAAGUCUUGGGCAUGUCUAGCUGCGAAGAGGUGGUCUUUUUUUCUUGUACAUCAUUGAACUAUUAAAGAAUGUUCAUGGCCAGUGAUGUUCAACGCUUUGUUUUUCGUUUCUGUGAGGUGAAUAAAGAUGUGAUUCCAGAGAUAUCAUGUUCUGUUUAAUGGAGUUGAACAAAGUAAAUAAUACGCAUAAAGUAAAGCCCUUUCUAGGUUAUGGAAGAGUAAGCUACGUCUGGAAUGGUGUAGUGUUUCCAAUUCUUGGCAUGAUUGCCGUUUUUGGCCAGAGACACAAACAUGGUCACUUUCAUGUCUAGCCAGCAUAAAAAAAAUAAUAAUGAUAAUAAAAAGAGGAAGAAGGGAAAUGAACUUGGAACAUUCAUGUAAAUGCAAUAUGGACCUAUUGUACACUUGUCAGCUUUGAUUUGGCUUCUCUUACAGCAAGCUCAGGCAUGGUAUAUGAAAUCAGAUACCAAGAGCUUCUGCUUAUAAAUGCUGAACUGCUCAACUUCAACACACAGUAAUUUGCAAUCCUUAGCCAAAGGUACACAUUCAAGUUGAAAUAAGAAAGUGAACUUUUUUGAAAGAAGAUGAAAUUUGUGAUGCUUCUGCUGGUCUUCACUGCCAUGGUGGGCUUCAGUGCUCUUUGCCAAGUUAUUGACUCCGAAGUAUCAGACAAAAACGUGACAGCCAGUUCAGGAGAUGCAGUUGGACCUGCUGAUGUUACCAGUCACACCAGAUCCACCAAGCAGAGAGGUGCAAACUGUGCCUGUGCAGGAAAAAGUAAAGCACAGAGAGGGUGUCAGUGCAAAAUGAAUAAUUUUAAACAUGGACUCAGUCCAGAGGAGAGGGUCCUGUGCUUAAAGAAAGGCAUUCGAAAUUACAAAAAAUGCAAGUCUGUGAUUCUCAAGACUGUGAAAACCAAGGAGGAUCCCAAACAAAUUAGUAUCCCAGUGUAA